AAGUCAAAGGCCUGAGUUGAUAUAAAUGGCUGGCAACAAUUUCACUGAGGUGACUGUCUUCAUCCUCUCUGGAUUUGCAAAUCACCCUGAAUUACAAGUCAGUCUUUUCUUGAUGUUUCUCUUCAUUUAUUUAUUCACUAUUUUGGGAAACUUGGGACUGAUCACGUUAAUCAGAAUUGAUUCUCAGCUUCAUACCCCUAUGUACUUUUUCCUGAGCAAUUUAGCAUUCAUUGACGUACUUUACUCCUCUACUGUAACGCCUAAGGCAUUGGUGAAUUUCCAGUCCAAUCAGAGAUCCAUCUCCUUUGUUGGCUGCUUUGUUCAAAUGUACUUUUUUGUUGGAUUGGUGUGUAGUGAGUGUUUCCUUCUGGGAUCAAUGGCCUACGAUCGCUAUGUAGCCAUCUGCAAUCCCUUAUUGUACUCAGUAGUCAUGUCCCAAAAAGUGUGCAACUGGCUGGGAGUAAUGCCAUAUGCGAUAGGCUUCACAAAUUCUCUGAUAUCCGUCUGUGUGAUAAGUAGUUUGGUGUUCUGUGGUUCCAGCAUCAAUCAUUUUUUCUGUGACACCACAGCUCUUUUAGCACUGUCCUGUGUAGAUGCAUUCGGCACAGAAAUGGUGAUCUUUGUCUUAGCUGGAUUCACUCUUCUUAGCUCUCUUCUUAUCAUCACGGUCACUUAUAUCACCAUCAUCUCAGCCAUCCUGAGGAUCCAGUCGGCAGCAGGCAGGCAGAAGGCCUUCUCCACCUGUACAUCCCACCUCACUGGUGUAACUAUCUUUUAUGGGUCUCUGAUUUUCACCUAUUUGCAACCUGAUAACACAUCAUCGCUCACCCAGGCACAGGUGGCAUCUGUAUUCUAUACGACUGUCAUUCCCAUGCUGAAUCCACUCAUCUACAGUCUGAGGAACAAAGAAGUGAAAAAUGCUCUUCUGAGAGUCAUACAUAGAAAACUUUUUCCAUGACAACUUUCUGUAUGUUACAAUUAAAACAAACGUGGAUGGC